AAUCAUCAACUCACAUUUACCCAAUUCUAUUAAUCUUUUUCUUGUUCUGGAAUCCCCGAGCCUAAAUGGCCGUUCCUGAACGGCGAUCAUUAACUUUCUCACUCACCCUUUUUCAAUUGUGAAAAUAGCUAAGAAGAAGACGAACUAGUAGAAGAAGAGGGGGCGGAUCAUUUCCUAGUUCGCCAUCAUGUUCGAGGCACAUGUUUUGCAUUUGCUCCGACGAUAUUUGGGUGAAUAUGUUCAUGGUCUCUCUGCAGAGGCCUUAAGGAUUAGUGUUUGGCAAGGUGAUGUGGUUCUGAAAGAUCUGAAAUUAAAGGCAGAGGCUCUAAACUCGCUCAAGCUUCCUGUCACGGUGAAGGCUGGUUUUGUUGGUACAAUAACUUUAAAGGUUCCUUGGAAAAGUCUUGGAAAGGAGCCAGUAAUUGUGCUUAUUGAUAGAGUAUUUCUCCUAGCUCAUCCAGCGGCUGAUUCAAGGUCUCUUAAGGAAGAGGAUCGUGAAAAGCUUUUCCAGGCCAAACUUCAACAAAUUGAGGAAGCAGAAUCGGCCACCCUUGAAGCAUUAUCAAGAUCAAAGCCUGGAAGCCCAUCACCUGGUAAUUCUUGGCUGGGAUCAUUGAUUGCUACUAUAAUUGGAAAUCUCAAAAUUUCCAUUAGCAAUGUUCAUGUCCGCUAUGAAGAUUGGAUCAGCAAUCCGGGACAUCCAUUUUCAUGUGGUGUUACUCUUGCAAAACUUGCUGCUGUUACCAUGGAUGAGCAAGGGAAUGAAACCUUUGAUACAAGUGGGGCUUUGGAUAAGUUACGGAAGUCAUUGCAACUUGAAAGGCUUUCUGUGUAUCAUGAUUCCAACCGUGAUCCUUGGAAGUUGGAUAAGAAGUGGGAGGAUCUUAGUCCCAAAGAGUGGGUUGAGAUCUUUGAAGAUGGUAUCAAUGAGCUUCCAAAUGGCAAUUCUUUGGUGUCUGCAUGGUCACAAGAUCGCAACUUCUUAGUGUCUCCCAUCAAUGGUGUGCUGAAGUAUCACCGUCUUGGGAAUCAAGAAAGAAAUGAUCCAAAUAUUCCGUUUGAGAAGGCUUCUCUUAUUGUCCCUGAUGUCUCCUUGGCGAUUACAGAGGCUCAAUAUCAUGACUGGAUAAGACUUAUGGAGGUGAUUUCAAGAUAUAAGACAUAUGUUGACAUCUCUCAUUUAAGACCAAUGGUUCCAGUUUCCGACAAUGCAACAUUAUGGUGGCGAUAUGCUGCUCAGGCUGGAUUACAGCAGAAGAAGAUGUGUUAUCGACUUUCAUGGGGCCAGAUUAAGUGCCUGUGCAAUCUUCGUCGACGUUAUGUGCUGUUAUAUGCCACUUCAUUACAACGGUCUUCAAAUAUUGACAACUCUGCUAUCAGAAAUAUCGAGAAAGAUCUAGAUCCCAAAGUUAUCCUUUUGUGGAGGUUACUUGCCCAUGCUAAGGUUGAAUCUGUAAAAUCGAAGGAAGCAGCAGAACAGAAGAUGCUUAGGAAGAGAAGCUGGUUUUCCUUUCGAUGGCGAACUCCUCCUGAAGAUGUCUCAGCAGACAAUACUUCUGAGGGAUCACAGAUAGUGGAGGAAAGAUUGACUAAAGAAGAAUGGCAGGCAAUCAAUAACCUAUUGAGCUUCCAAUCAGAUGAGGAUUUGACCUUACAUCCAGCAAAAGAAAUGCAAAAUAUGAUCAGAUACUUGGUCGAUGUAUCUAUAACUAGAGCUGCUGCUAGGAUCAUCAAUAUCGAUGAUACUGAGAUUGCUUGUGGUAGAUUCGAGAAUCUUCAUGUGUCGACCAAAUUCAAGCAUCGAAGCACACACUGUGAUGUGACAUUGAAGUUCUAUGGAUUGUCUGCUCCUGAAGGCUCUCUUGCCCAGAGUGUUUGCAGCGAGCAGAAGGUGAAUGCAUUAGCUGGUAGUUUUGUUUAUUCACCAACGGGGGAAAAUCUAGACUGGAGGCUUUCGGCAACAAUUUCUCCCUGCCAUGUCACGGUUUUCAUGGAAAGUUACAAUCGCUUUCUGGACUUUCUGAAGAGAAGUAAUGCUGUUAGCCCUGCAGUUGCACUGGAAACUGCAACUGCAUUGCAGCAUAAGAUUGAGAAAGUGACUCGUAGAGCUCAAGAGCAAUUUCAAAUGGUGUUAGAAGAGCAAAGCAGAUUUGCUCUUGAUAUUGAUCUUGAUGCUCCAAAAGUACGAAUUCCCAUUAGAACUGCUGCUUCUUCUCAAUGCGAUUGCCAUCUUCUUUUUGAUUUUGGUCAUUUUACACUGCGCACCAAGGAUGAUGAUCAGUUCAAUGAUCAGGGCCAAAGUCUAUAUUCUCGUUUUUUCAUUUCCGGCAGGGACAUUGCUGCUUUCUUUUCAGAUUGUGGUUUGGAUAGUCAAAGUUGCAGUUUGGCGUGUCUGCCUUCAAUUUCUCCUAGUUUGCAAGAUGUAGAUAGCAUAUAUUCUUUAGUUGAUAGGUGUGGAAUGGCUAUUAUUAUUGAUCAGAUUAAGGCACCGCAUCCAAGCCAUCCGUCAACCCGUGUUUCCAUUCAAAUGCCAAGCCUUGGCAUCCAUUUUUCACCUGCCAGAUAUUGCUGGCUUAUGGAAUUGGUAAAUAUAUUAUAUGGAACAAUGGAAACCUCCGAGCAACUUGUGACUGAUAGUUUGCAGACUGAGUUUGCCCCCUGGAAUCCUCCAGAUCUUGCAACAGAUACUCGGAUACUUGUUUGGAGGGGGAUUGGCUAUUCUGUUGCAGCAUGGGAACCUUGUUUUAUUGUGUUAUCUGGCUUUUAUCUUUACAUUCUGGAGUCUGAAACAUCCCACAGUUACCAGCGCUGCUUGAGCAUGGCUGGUAAACAAGUUUUUGAAGUUCCUCCUGCCAAUGUUGGUGGUUCACUUUGCUGUCUUGCUGUUUGUGUCAGAGGUGUUGACGCUAAAAAGGCUCUGGAGUCUUUUAGCAGUUUGAUUAUUGAGUUUCGAGAUGAGGAGGAGAAGGCAGCUUGGAUGAGAGGACUUGUGCAGGCUACAUAUCGAGCUUCUGCUCCUUCAUCUGUAGAUGUAUUUGGAGAAUUAAGUAAUGAUGCAUCAGAGCUUGCUGAAUCUCAUGCCAUUCAUGUGAAGUCAGUUGACCUUGUUGUUAACGGGACAUUGGUAGAAACAAAAUUAUCGUUAUACGGCAAGUCCGAAGAUGAGAUGAACAGGAGACUUGAGGAGAGUAUAAUUCUUCAGGUUCUUGCUGGUGGGGGAAAGGUGUGUGUAUCACGUUGCAUAGGUGACCUAUCUGUUAAGAUGAAACUGCACUCAUUGAAAAUUAAGGAUGAACACCAGGGCUCCUCCUCUUCUGGUCCACGGUAUCUAGCCCGCUCUUUUGUUGGGGAUCGAGAUUCAGGCCACAACCUUGAUUUGUUGGAAUCUGAUAGGAGAGAGCAGUUGAUGAUGGAAGAGGAUGAUAACUUCAAAGAUGCUUUGCCAGAAUUCAUGCUCUUGCCUGAUUCUCCUGAAACAUAUAUUGAUGAGAAAGACAAGUUGAAGGGAAAAAGUGUUGCCAGUGAUGUUUUCUAUGAGGCAGAGGGUGCUGAUGACACUGACUUUGUUUCUGUUAUAUACUUGACACGAAGUCCUGCUUCUCCUGAUUAUGAUGGUAUUGAUACACAGAUGAGUAUUAGGAUGUCCAAGUUGGAAUUUUAUUGCAACAGACCUACUCUUGUUGCUUUGAUCAAUUUUGGCUUUCAAAUUAGUUCAGCAAAUAGUGGGGUAAAUAGUUCAAAGGCGGUAAAUGUUUCAGAUGAUGAAUCUUCAGUGAAGAAAGAGAAGACCGAAGAAUAUGGGAAUUCAUUUGUUACAGGGUUGCUGGGCUAUGGGAAAGGUCGGGUUGUGUUUUAUAUGAAUAUGAAUGUUGACAGUGUGACUGUAUUUCUCAACAAUGAGGAUGGCUCUCAGCUCGCUAUGUUUGUGCAAGAAAGUUUCUUGUUGGAUAUCAAGGUUCAUCCAAGCUCUACUAGUGUAGAAGGAUCACUAGGAAACCUUAGGCUGCGUGAUCUCUCACUUGGAUCAAAUAACUUUUGGGGAUGGCUCUGUGAUAUACGAAAUCAGGGUACUGAAUCCCUUGUGCAGUUCAAGUUUAGUUCUUACAGUACUGAAGAUGAUGAUUAUGAAGGAUAUGACUACAGCUUGCAUGGCCGACUUUCUGCAGUUCGAAUUGUUUUCCUCUAUAGAUUUGUUCAGGAGAUAACUGCUUACUUUAUGGAGCUCGCCACUCCACAUACUGAGGAAGCAAUCAAACUUGUUGAUAAAGUUGGAGGUAUUGAAUGGUUGAUUCAGAAGUAUGAGAUUGAUGGUGCUUCUGCCAUUAAGCUGGAUCUCUCGCUAGACACUCCAAUCAUAAUAGUCCCAAGAAAUUCGACAAGCACAGACUUCAUGCAACUUGAUCUAGGCCAUUUACGAGUCAAAAACGAAUUUAGUUGGCAUGGUUGCCCCGAGAAAGAUCCUUCGGCUGUUCAUCUGGACAUUCUUGAUGCUGAGAUUGUAGGAAUCAACAUGGCAAUUGGAGUUGAUGGUUCUAUUGGCCUACCAAUGAUACAGGAGGGCAAUGAUAUUCAUGUUUAUGUAUGGAGAAGUUUGAGAGAUGUUUUUAGGAAAGUCCCAACAUUUGCUUUGGAAGUGAAGGUUGGUUCAUUGCAUGCCGUGAUGUCUCAUAAAGAAUAUAAUGUUAUUCUUGAUUGCUUCUAUAUGAACUUAAAUGAACAACCAAGACUUCCUCCCAGCUUUCGAGGGCACAAGUCUGCUUCAAAAGAUACAAUAAGAUUGCUGGCAGAUAAGGUCAACAUGAAUGGUCAAGUAAUUUUGUCACGAACAGUUACGAUAAUUGCUGUAAAAGUCGACUAUGCGCUAAUGGAGGUUUACCACGGGCUUCUUGAGGAAUUACCUCUGGCUCAUGUUGCUCUUGAAGGUCUUUGGGUAUCAUACCGAAUGACUUCAUUGUCCGAAGCAGACCUUUAUAUUACCAUUCCCAAGUUUUCGAUAAUAGAUAAUCGCCCGAGUACGAAACCUGAAAUGCGCCUGAUGCUUGGUUCUUGUACUGAUGUUAUGAAGCAGAUGUCAUCUGAAUCUACAGCUGAUGUACCCACCUCAACAAUGUUUGUGAUGGAUUGUCGAUGGCGGUUAUCAUCCCAAUCAUUUGUUGUUCGGGUGCAACAGCCUCGUAUUCUAGUUGUUUUAGAUUUCCUUCUUGCUGUUUGUGAGUUUUUUGUGCCAUCUUUGGGAACGCUUACUGGCAGGGAGGAGAUGAUGGACCCCAAGAAUGAUCCAGUUAUUAAAAGCAAAAGCAUAAUCCUACUGACUCCGCUUUACAAACAGAUAGAUGACAUGGUGAUUUUAUCCCCAAACAGACAGUUAGUAGCUGAUGCUGUUGGUGUUACUGAAUAUGUAUAUGAUGGUUGUGGAAAGACUAUCUGUCUCUCCGAUGACAAAGAUAACAAAGAGUUUCAGUCAUCAGGAAAUUGGCCCAUAAUUGUAAUCGGACGCGGCAAGAGGUUGAGAUUUAUGAAUGUGAAAAUCGAGAAUGGUUUACUCUUGACCAAGCACACGUACUUGAGUAAUGAAAGCAGCUAUACAGUGUUCCAAGAGGAUGGUGUGGAAGUUAUAUUUCUGGAGAGUAAGUCUUCUAAUUGCAAACAUCCAGAUCACAGGGAAGAGUUGUGUUAUACUUCUGAUGCCUCUGACUCUUUUCAAACUGAAUCAUGCAAGUUGCAAAGUUUUAGUUUUGAAACGCAGGUUGUUUCCCCUGAAUUGACCUUUUAUGACGGUAGCAACUCAUCCCUUGAUGAUUCUACACGUGGUGAAAAGCUUCUUCGUGCAAAAAUGGAUAUUAGCUUCAUGUAUGCAUCAAAGGAGAGUGACACAUGGAUUAGGGGGCUUCUGAAGGAUCUUAGUCUAGAGGCUGGUUCGGGACUUAUCAUACUUGAUCCAGUUGAUAUUUCUGGAGGAUAUACAUCUGUCAAGGAUAAGAUGAAUAUUUCCGUAACAUCCACUGAUAUAUGUGUUCAUCUCUCGUUAAGUGUGCUGUCCCUUUUACUGAACCUACAAGGUCAGGCAACUGCAGCAUUACAAUUUGGAAAUGCAGAUCCCCUGUCUCCUUGUACCAACUUUGAUCGAAUUUGGGUGUCUCCAAAAGAAAUUGGGCGUCAUAACCACCUCACCUUUUGGAGGCCUCGAGCUCCUUCAAACUAUGUUAUAUUGGGAGAUUGUGUUACAUCAAGGCCAAGUCCUCCUUCACAGACUGUUGUGGCUGUGAGCAGCAUGUAUGGGCGUGUUCGAAAACCUCUUGAUUUCAAGCUUAUGGGCACCUUUUCUGGUAUUCAAGGAUCAGCGGGUUUAGAAGGUCAUGCAAAUGAUCAUUAUGAUUGUUCUCUUUGGCUACCAAUUGCUCCACCAGGAUAUUUGGCUCUAGGGUGCAUUGCCCAUGGAGGAAAGCAGCCACCACCUACUCAUAUUGUUCAUUGCCUGCGAUCUGAUCUUGUAACGUCGACUAUGUAUUCAGAAUGCAUAUACAGUGCAGCCUCUUGUGGUUCCUAUGCAUCUGGUUUUAGCAUUUGGCGUUUGGAUAAUGCUUUUGGGUCAUUUUAUGCGCAUCCAUUCACCUGCAAUCCUCCUUUGAACAAUUGUUUUGAUCUUAAUCAUCUACUUCGUGGGUUCUCUUGUCAUCAUUCUUCUUCCUCUAGUCAAGUUGCAUCAGAGUUCGGUGCUAAGCAUGAGGAUACACGUGAGCUUUUAACUACUCAGGGUACAACUUCAUCUGGAUGGGAUAUUCUCAGAUCCAUAUCAAAAGCAACAACUUGUUACAUGUCAACCCCCCACUUCAAGAGAAUCUGGUGGGAUAGAGGUAGUGAUCUUCGCCGACCGGUCUCUAUAUGGCGGCCUAUGCCACGUCCUGGUUAUGCUAUAUUGGGUGACUGCAUUACUGAAGGCUUGGAACCACCUCCCUUAGGCAUCAUAUUUAAGGCUGACAAUCCUGAGAUUUCCUCAAAGCCUGUACAAUUCACCAAGGUUGCUCAUAUUGGAAUGAAAGGUCUUGAUGAAGUGUUCUUCUGGUACCCAAUUGCUCCUCCUGGUUAUGCUUCUUUGGGUUGCAUUGUAACACAAAAUGAUGAAGCUCCAAAUUUACAAUUGUUUUGCUGCCCGAGGUUGGAUCUUGUUAGCCAAACCAAUGUACUUGAGAUGCCAAUAACAAAAUAUUCGAGCUCAAAGGCAUCCCAGUGCUGGAGCAUUUGGAAAGUUGAAAAUCAGGCAUGCACUUUCCUUGCCCGCUCCGAUCUGAAAAAACCAUCAAGUCGAUUGGCAUUUGCCAUUGGGGAUGCCGUGAAGCCAAAGACAAGGGAGAACAUAACAGCUGAGAUGAAAAUAAGAUACUUCUCUCUGACAGUUCUGGAUAGCUUAUGUGGAAUGAUGACACCACUUUUUGAUGCAACAAUCACUAAUCUCAAGCUUGCAACGCAUGGGCGGUUAGAAGCGAUGAAUGCUGUCCUGAUUGCUUCAAUAGCGGCUUCAACUUUUAACACACAAUUAGAAGCGUGGGAGCCACUUGUCGAGCCUUUUGAAGGAAUAUUUAAGUUUGAAACCUAUGAGACAAAUUUAAAUUUGCCAUCAAGAAUAGGCAACAGAAUGCGCCUUGCUGCUACCAGUGUUCUAAAUAUCAAUCUUAGUGCAGCAAAUCUUGAGACAUUUGUGCAAACCAUCACUUCAUGGAGAAAACAGAGAGAACUAGAAGAGAAAUCAGUGAAACGGAUUGAGGAAGCUAGUCUUCAUGAUGGGCAUGGUGAUGAUGCAACUUUCUCAGCACUGGAUGAGGACGAUUUCCAGACUGUGAUAAUAGAAAAUAAACUUGGGCGUGAUGUUUUUAUCAAAAGAGUUGAGCAAGAUUUUGAUACAGUUGAAUUAUUACCUCCUGAUUCUUGUGCCUCAGUAUGGCUUCCGCCUCCAAGGUAUUCCGACAGAUUAAAUGUUGCAGAUGAGUCAAGGGAACCACGUCGUUAUGUUGCUGUGCAGAUUGUAGAAGCAAAGGGUUUGCCUGUUGUUGAUGAUGGAAACAGCCACAAUUUCUUCUGUGCUUUGCGUCUGGUUGUAGAGAAUCAGGAAUUAAGUCAGCAAAAGCUUUUUCCCCAGAGUGCAAGAACAAAAUGUGUGAAGCCAUCAAUUGUUAAAUCGAAGGAUGUGGUUGAAGGCACUGCUAAAUGGAAUGAGCUCUUUAUUUUUGAAGUUCCUCGGAAGGGGUUGGCUAAGUUGGAAAUGGAGGUGACGAACCUUGCAGCAAAGGCUGGAAAAGGUGAGGUUGUAGGCGCAUCUUCAUUUUCGGUAGGACACGGUGCAAGUACUCUGAAGAAGGUUGCUUCAGUCAAAAUGUUGCAUCAAGCUUAUGAUUUUCAGAACAUUGUAUCCUAUCCACUUAAGAAAAGGGGCCAAGACACUGAUGAUUACCAAGGAUCCGUUCUUGUUUCUGCUUCUUAUUAUGAAGGGAAAAUAGUUUCAAACUUCGAAAGUGAUCGGGGAGGAGGCAGCGAUAUUGCUAGAGAUAUAGGUUUCUCUGUGGGACUUGCUCCAGAAGGUUCCUGGGAGAGUUUUCGGUCUUCUCUUCCUCUCUCAGUAAUUACUAGAACUUUGAAGGAUGAUCUCAUGGCUGUAGAAGUACUCAUGAAAAAUGGAAAAAAACAUGCUGUUUUGAGGAGUCUUGCAACAGUUAUAAAUGAUUCGGAUAUAAAGUUGGACAUCUCAAUAUGCCAUUAUUCUAUGGGUCAAACUCGUGAUCCAAACCUUCAGAGAAGCAAUGCUAAUGUUUUUGUGGAAGAAGUAUUCCAAAAUCAAUGGUAUCAUCCAUCUGGUUGGGGAAAUCACAGGCCUAGUUUGGGAGACGAUGGCCCCAGGCGUUGGAGUAGUAGAGAUUUCUCAUAUUCAUCUGAUGAUUUCUUUGAACCUCGCAUUCCGCCUGGAUGGACAUGGGCAUCAACAUGGACUGUUGACAAGUCUUAUUGUGUUGAUGAUGAUGGCUGGGCAUAUGGGCCUGACCAUCACAAUUGCAGAUGGCCACCAAAUUCAGCUACAAAAUCCAAUCUUCAUAAAUUCCGCCGAAGGCGUUGGACCCGUACAAGGAAGCAAGUUAAUGACCAGGUUGCUGCUAUUACUGAUGUUUUUAAUGCAACUAGUCCUGGUUCUGCUACUAUUUUACCUUGGAGAAGCAUGUCCAGAGAUUCUAAUUGCUGUUUGCAAGUUCGUCCAUGCAUUGAUGAUUCUCAAACUCUAUAUGCAUGGGGACAUUCAGUGGUUCAAGGUUCCGCCUCUGUCUGGGGAAAGGAUCAAUCAUUUGCUGAUCAAGGUGUACCUGCUCGACAGAAUACUAUGAAGGAGGCAAAAAUAUCUACUUCUCCAUUGAGGUUAGAUCAGCUUGAGAAGAAAGAUGUACUCUUCUGCUGUCCUGGCACUGGUGGUAAAAAUUUUUGGCUGAGUAUUGGUACUGAUGCAUCAGUUCUACAUACGGAGCUCAACACCCCCGUCUAUGAUUGGACAAUGUCAGUUAGUUCUCCUUUGAAAUUGGAAAAUAGACUUCCUUGUGGAGCUGAAUACAUUAUUUGGGAGAAAAUAAAAGAUGGUAACAACAUAGAGCGACAGCGCGGCUUUAUAGAAUCCCGUGGAACUGUGCAUAUGUAUCAUGCUGACAUACGAAAUCCAAUAUACCUUAAGUUGUUUCUUCAAGGGGGUUGGAUUGCAGAAAAGGAUGCUGUUCUCAUUUUGGAUCUUGCUAGUAAUAGUCAUGCUGCUUCUUUUUGGAUGGUUCAAAGACAGAGAAAAAGGAGGUUGCGAGUAAGCAUUGAGCGUGACAUUGGGGGGUCAAAUGCUUCCCCAAAGACCAUAAGGCUUUUUGUCCCAUAUUGGAUUAGCAAUGAUACCUCAUUAUCAUUAGCAUAUCAAGUAGUGGAAAUUGAACCACUGGAGAGCACAGAUGUGGAUUCUCUUGCACUGUCAAAAGUUAAAUCUGCAAAAAUAGCCAUGAAAGCAACUCCUGGUUCAUUGCUUGGGAGACAGAUUAGUUCACGGAAGAAUGUUCAAGUGCUUGAAAUAAUUGAAGACACUAGUCCGGUACCCAGCAUGCUCUCUCCUCAAGACUAUGUUGGCCGCGGUGGUGUAAUGCUGUUUUCGUCACGGAAUGAUAACUAUCUGUCCCCACGUGUGGGGAUCUCUGUUGCUCUUCGUUCAUCUGAAUAUUUUAGUGCAGGGAUAUCUCUUCUUGAUUUGGAGAAAAAGCAACGAGUUGAUUUAAAGGCAUUUGGUUCUGAAGGAUAUUAUUAUAAGCUUUCAGCUUUGCUGAACAUGACGUCAGACAGAACAAAGGUCGUGCAUUUUCAACCACAUACAUUGUUCAUUAACAGAGUUGGGUGCAGUGUUUGCCUGCAGCAAUGUGAUACUCAGUCUACAGAAUGGAUCCAUCCUAGUGAUACUCCUAAAUGUUUUGGUUGGCACUCCACAAAAGUGGAAUUGUUAAAGUUGCGGCUGGAUGGAUAUGAAUGGAGUGCACCAUUUAGUGUUAAUAGUGAGGGGAUGAUGUCUAUUCACUUGAGAAGUGAAACUGGAACAGACCAAAUGCCUCUCAGGGUUGAGGUUAGAAGUGGAAUGAAGGGCUCUCGCUACGAAGCUAUAUUCCGUCCAAAUUUCUUUUCGAGUCCUUACAGGAUUGAGAAUCGGUCUUUGUUUUUGCCAAUACGUUUUCGGCAAGUAGGUGGUUCCAGUGAUUCAUGGAAGUUUCUUCUGCCCAAUUCAUCUACUUGCUUUUCAUGGGAAGAUCUUGAUAGGGAAAGAAUGUUGGAAAUCUUAGUAGAUGGAAGUGACUCUGGCACAUCACAGAAGUACAAUAUCGAUGAGAUAUUUGAUCAUGAGCCUAUCCAUGUUGAUGGAGGAAACAUAUUCACUUUACGCGUUACUAUUUUGAAAGAAGAGAAAACAAAUGUUGUUAAAAUCAGCGACUGGAUGCCUGAAAAUGAAUCUUCUGCAACUUUCAAUAGCAUUUCCUCUUCUAUGUUACACAUCUCUGGAAAUUAUUUGCAGCCUCGGCAAUCGAUGUCCACCCCAGAAUGUGAAUUUCAUUUCAUUGUUGAGGUUUCAGAGCUUGGUUUGUCUAUAAUUGAUCAUACACCUGAAGAGAUAUUAUAUAUGUCGGUCCAGAAUCUUUUGCUGUCUCAUUCAACUGGACUUGGCUCUGGAAUCAGUAGGCUCAAAAUUAGAAUGCAUGGGAUCCAGGUGGAUAAUCAGUUGCCUUUGACUCCAAUGCCAGUUCUCUUCAGGUCACAGCGAAUAGGAGAGGAGAAUGAUUAUCUCUUAAAAUUUUCCCUCACCCAGCAAUCAAAUGGAUCGUUGGAUUUACAUGUAUAUCCAUAUAUAGGUUUCCAGGGACCUGAAAAUUCUGCUUUUUUGAUCAACAUCCCUGAACCGAUCAUAUGGCGCAUUCAUGGAAUGAUCCAGCAGGCCAAUCUUAGUCAGUUAUCUGAUGCCCAGAGCACUUCUGUUUCAGUUGAUCCUAUCAUCCAGAUUGGUGUUCUAAACUUCUCGGAGAUCCGAUUCAAGGUUACUAUGGCUAUGUCCCCCAGUCAGCGCCCAGUUGGUGUCCUUGGUUUUUGGUCAAGCUUGAUGACUGCACUUGGAAACAUGGAAAAUAUGCCAGUCCGGAUUAAUGAGCGGUUCUUGGAAAAUGUAUGCAUGCGGCAUAGUGUUCUUGUUGCUAAUGCCAUCUCAAACAUUAAAAAGGAUCUUCUCAGCCAGCCUUUUCAGCUACUCUCGGGUGUUGAUAUACUUGGCAAUGCUAGUAGUGCACUUGGACAUAUGAGCAAAGGUGUUGCAGCCUUGUCGAUGGAUAAAAAAUUUAUACAAAGUCGACAAAGACAGGAUGCUAAGGGGGUAGAGGAUUUCGGUGAUGUUAUCCGGGAUGGAGGUGGUGCGCUAGCUAAAGGCCUUUUCCGUGGAGUCACUGGCAUUUUAACAAAGCCUCUUGAAGGCGCAAAAGCUUCAGGUGUUGAGGGCUUUGUUCAGGGUGUUGGGAAAGGAUUAAUAGGUGCUGCUGCACAACCUGUUAGUGGGGUUUUAGAUCUUUUAUCAAAAACUACCGAAGGUGCCAAUGCUGUGAGGAUGAAGAUAGCAUCUGCAAUUGCGUCAGAAGAUCAACUCCUAAGGAGGCGGCUACCUCGGGCAAUUAAUGGUGAUAAUUUGCUUCGACCAUAUGAUGAAUACAAAGCGCAGGGACAGGCAAUGUUGCAGUUAGCAGAAUCUGGAUCAUUUUUCAGCCAAGUUGAUCUGUUCAAAGUACGUGCAAAAUUUGCCUUAACGGAUGCCUAUGAAGACCAUUUCUUACUUCCAAAGGGACGAAUUGUUGUUAUUACUCAUCGAAGGGUGAUUUUGAUGCAACAACCAUUCAACAUUAUUGCUCAAAAGAAGUUCAACCCAGCAAGGGAUCCUUGUUCGGUUUCUUGGGAUGUAGCUUGGAAUGACCUUGUGACAAUGGAAUUGACUCAUGGGAAAAAAGAUCAUGCAAGUGCUCCACCUUCGCGGCUUGUUGUGUAUUUACAGAGUAGAUCAUUGGAGGCAAAGGAUCAAGUUCGUGUUAUAAAAUGUAAUCAUGACACCAAUCAGGCAAUGGAGGUUUAUACUUCAAUUGAGCAAGCAAGGUCUACAUAUGGACCAAGUCAAUUUCAGGCAUUGCGUGAAAGGAAAGUGACAAAACCAUAUUCUCCAACUGCUGAUAUGGCCUCUGAAGUAAUUUCAAAAGAUGGAGUUUGUGUCUCCUCUCCCCAACAGUUGCCUGCAUCAGUACCAUUAACUUCUACAUUUGGAGCUAGCGAACAUUGAAUGAUAAAAAGAAAAUAGUUAAUGUGAUUAGAUGUUGCAAGUUGUUACUGGUCAUCCAUGCAAUCUAGAAGACUGCUCAGUUAUUACUUUUUUUGCAAGAAGUUGCAUCACUAUGAAGGUGCGUAAGUUCUGGCUUGAGGGCAGAAAAGGUCAAAGAGCCGUAUUGUUGAAAGGACUCCCAAUGAUGGGCUUCCAGAUUCUGGUAUUUGUAUGGUGCAUUUUAUGUGUUUUAUGGGUAUAAAUAUUGUACAUAACAUAGAUGGCAAUACAUGAAGAUAAUUUAGGUUAGAAACUACGGGACAUGUUCUACCUCCCAUUAUAUAUUCUGGGCAUUGGAUGGCUUUAGCCACCCAUUUUGCAUGCCAUGUAAUCUUAAUGUCUAUACUUAGGCUUUUAGGUCCAUAUAGCAAGGCUUCGCUCCUCAGCAGAUAUAUUGUGUAUGCCUCUUGUUUCAUCGGACUCGUGUGGAAACUUUUCCCAGAUAAUCUGGAAGUCUUCUUUGUCCAGGGUCCUGUUCUUGUUUUCCGGCCAGUUAUUGAUGCUCUUUAUUCUGUCA